AUGACAAAUGGAAAGCUAAAGAUUACGGUCGACAAAGCAUACGACCUUGAGGGCGACAAUAUUCCAGAAAACCUUUUCUGUCUUCUCGAAUUCGACGGUAAAGGUCUUGCGACAGAUUCUAAUCCAGUAAGAUCCGCCAACAGUGUCAGAUGGAACGAAGAAGCCGAUUUUGACAUCAGAAAAACUGCAAACUUGCGGGUUCAAGUUUGCACAAAAGAAGGCAAAGGAAAGCUCGAUGAUCACAAAAUGUUCGGCCGAGCGAAAUACGCAAUCUGUUUCGAUCGAUCAGAAUCCUCCGUGAAAGACGUUCCAGAUCUCGAACUAAAGUCGAAAUCUGGCAAAUAUCGUGGAAAAAUUUCCAUGCGAGUUUCGAUUCCUCCCAAUCCGAAAGUCCUUGGAAACGCGAAAAAGUCAUCGGAAGCCGAAAUGAUCGCAAAGACCAAUACAAGUCCGUCAAUGCAGCGGGAUAGGUCGUUGAGCAUGAUCGAUCUUUCCGCCAGUCGACCAGAGCCUAUUCCAGGCAAUCCUUUUGCUGGGUCUGAUGCUAGCUCAGAUGAUCCAGCUGACAGUAAGAAGGGGAUUAUCCAAAAAUUAAAGACGGCGUCAUUUGGCGGAUUCAAGCGCAGCAAGUCAAUUAAAAAGAAGCCUGUCGAGGAAGGAAGGCCAAAGGAGAGAGUGAUUUUUGAAGACGAUCCGCUUGAAAAGGCGAAUGAUUUGUUGGAGGCGAAGAAUAGGGAGCUCAGAUACGCUGUCAAAAUGAAGGACAUGGAAAUCCGCGAUUUGAAGAGAUACAUCGAUAACUUGCUUCUGAAAAUCAUGGAGAACAAGCCUGACCUUUUACUUGGAGAUCGAUGCUAG